AGUCAACGCCACGACCUUUGUCUUUCUAAACUGGAACAAGUCGUAUAUAAACAAGAAAAUGAAGAUUGUCGCAAAGAUAGAUUUGCAUAUUUCUCUUGCUCUGUUUGACUCUUCUCACAGUUCCAUCGCCAGUAAAAGGAGACAAUGAGAUUUAUAUGCAUAAUACCCGUUUAGGAAUUGUAAACGGUUUGAAGAAAGAUUCAGGUAAAAAGAUCAUUUAUCAGUUUAGAAAAAUGCCUUAUGCCAAACCGCCACUAAAAGAUCUACGCUUUGAAAUACCUCAAGAGUACGGUACAUGGGGGAACGUAUUAAACGCGACAGCAUACGGCCCUAACUGUAUGCAGUUUCUAGGUCAAGACAUACGUCUUUUGCCAAAUCUUCAAGUUUCAGAAGAUUGUCUACAUUUAAAUAUAAUUGCUCCAAACGAUUUGAACAAUUCAAGCAGACGACCUGUCUUUAUUUGGAUACAUGGUGGAGGAUUCACAAAUGGACAGGGAAUGAGCGUGGAUGGAUCUGUAUUUGCGGCUACCGGAGAUGUCAUUCUUGUCACAAUUAAUUACAGACUAAAUAUUUUUGGUUUUGUAAAUGUUGGAAUAGCUCAUCCUCGUAAUUUGGGAUUAUGGGACCAGAAAUUUGCGAUAAAGUGGAUCAAACAGAACAUUGCGGAUUUUGGUGGAGACCCCAAUACGAUUACACUAUUCGGAGAGUCCGCCGGGGGAGUCAGUGUUGGACUACAGUCAAUUAUUCCAACUAAUAUAGGACUUUUCCAGCGAGCAAUAGCUCAGAGCGGAUCUUUCUUUAGUUUGAGAGACAUAGGUACCGAUUCGGAAAAUCUUACAAGAGAAAUAGGUCGUGUUUUGAACUGUUCGAAUUGUCAGGAUGGCGAUUUGCUUUGUUUGGAGUGUUUCAGACGAUUUUCUGCAAGAGAUUUGUUGCUUGGAUAUGGAAAGGGUGUUUCAAAUCUUCGGAAAGGUUUUUCGUUAAAAGCUCCAAUAGGACCAAUAGUGGACCAAGAUCUUAUUCCGAAUGAUAUCUUCACUAUGUUAUCCGAUUCAUCAUCUGAAACAUCAAAAAUGUUCAAUAGUAUUGAUUUUAUAGCGGGAUCCAAUGAUGGUGAAGCUGGACUAUUUUACUUUAAUCUGAUUGGACAACAAAGAGCCUUCCAUUUUGAUUUAAAGCAGGGUAUUCCAACUCGGGUUCUAUGCAAUAAUAUUGUUCCUUAUGUAACGAAAGAAGUUUUAAAAGGAUGCGACAACAUAUCACAUGCAAUUUGCGAUAAAUAUUCUAAUGAUGUCAGAGCUAACUCUCUUUCUGAUGAAACUGUUUUGGCUGUCAACUUCUUUAGCGAUUUGGAAAUGUCUUCUUUGGCAGCAAGAUGUCUGAAUUUUCACAACAGCGCUUCAAAGAAUAGAUAUCAAUAUCUUUUCACACAUAAACCAACUUGGGGUGUUAUUGCAGAUAGACCAAGUUGGUUGUUAGGUGCAAAUCAUGUAGACGAGCUUCCAUUUCUAUUUGGUUUAAGGAGAUGGUAUCCUGGAAAUGUCUCUAUUACCCCUACAGAAGAUGCGCUAUCUUCAAAGAUUAUGUCUUAUUGGUACAAUUUUGGAAGAACAGGAGACCCAAACCCAAAAGGAACAUCAGAAUGGCCAAAGUUCACCAAGACAAGUGCUUCGGCUUUUAUAAUUGGAGAAUACCGAAAUGCAACUGUUGACAAUUUCCAAGACAGAAUGCAAUUUUGGAAUGAAGAAAUUCCAAAGUUGUUGGCGCAAUGCUCAAGCCAACAAGGCAAUGUUUCUGUUGUUCAUUCCGGCUUCGGUUAACGAUUGACCGAUAUACCUGUGGAAGAUUUUUACUUAAACGUUUUUAAUGGGUUGUUUGUUGUUCUGUGUGUUACUUGUAAAUGUAAUUAAAGCAGUAAUAAUAUUUUCCAAACUCUUUGGUAGUUUAAAUCACAUAGCAGAGACAGAGCUAUGUGUU